AUGGAUGAUCAUUUGAAACGGCCCAUCAUGCUUGAUCGAUCUGGUGGCUUCCAGAUUGGGGGCAGCGUUAUCAGCAGCCCCAAGGGUCCCAACCAGACACUUUCCUGCGAUCAUGGAUAUAUGGAGUACUUCAUUCCAUGGACUCCACGGACGACAAGCCUUGUGAUGUGGCAUAGUUCGAGCACCCAGGUAUGGCAAAACCGCUGGGACGGCGGGGAAGGGUACAAAGACAUGUUCCUACGUCGCAAUUAUCCCGUCUACCUGUGGGAUGGGCCGCGGGUUGGGCGCGCCAACUGGAGCUGCAAGCCGAUCAACUAUGUGCCGAGAUACCAAGAUCAGCAGAACUUCAGGUCGUGGAACUUCGGUCCCUCCUACAUGAAGUGGUGGCCGGGCGUGCAGUUCCCGACCAACGACCAGCAUGCGUGGCAGCAGGCGACCAGCGCCCGCUACGAGGAGUUCGACACUGUCGAGAACGUUCAGCUUCAAUCAGAUGCAGCCGCCGUUGCCGCCGACUCGGGCAAGCUUGGUCACAGCAUCGUAUACCUCACCAACUCCGCAGCGGGACUGCGAGCGAUGAUGGCGACGGCCAAGAGUAACUCGAGCAACAUCCGAGGGAUCGUCACGUACGAGAGCAUAGGGUACGUCUUCCCUGAUAACAUCGGCAUCAAGCCCGGCCGCGGCGGCUUUGGCCCGUUCGUGGUCCCCCUCGAGGACUUCAAGAAGCUGGCGCAUGUUGCGGCGAUACAGUUCGUGUGGGGUGACCACCGGGCAGAGUCGUUUCCCUACGUCCAGCAGUCUCGACGCGUCGCGCAGCUUAUCAACAGCUACGGGGGAAAUGCAGAAGUCCUCAUGCUGGGGGACGAUGCGGGCCUCAAGGGAAGCACGCACAUCGCAUUUGCGGACAUGGACAACAGCAAGGUCGCUGGUCUCCUGGACAGGUUCCUGGAGGAGAAUGAUCUGGACGGCUGUGUGGGGGAAGAGUGGUCGAGUAGGUAG